AUGGCCUUGAGAGAUGAAAUGAUUCAAUUCGCUUCCGCUGGCGGUCUACGUUUAUGCAAGUGGUUCAGUAACACUGUUGACUUGCUUUCUAGGCUAGACCAAUCGGAUCACGGUUUAGUGAUAGAGUUUCCAUUUGAUAAUUCCUCAGGUUUUAAAGUUCUUGGAAUUUUAUGGAGUCCUUCAGAUGAUGCAUUUUGUUUUCACAUUAAUGAAAUUCAGGACAAGAUUCCUACAAAACGCUCAAUAUUAUCUGCAGUUUCGAAGUUAUAUGGCCCUAUGGGCUGGUUAGCUUCAGUUACCAUCGUUGCAAAAAUUUUAAUGCAAAAACUCUGGCUACAUAAACUAGAUAGGGAUGAUACGCUUCCCUCCGACCUUAUAAAAGAAUGGUAUGAUUUUCGCUCAAAAUUACCUGCAUUAUCGCGCAUUUCAAUUCCUAGAUGGACUUCUUGUGGUAGCAAUACAAAGUCUAUUGAAAUACAUGGCUUUUCCGAUGCAUCUCGCCUCGCUUAUUGCGCGGUUGUCUAUUCACGCAUCAUUUCUGAAUCAGGUUACAUUGUAGUUAAACUUCUUAUUGCUAAAACAAAAGUUGCCCCAAUCAAGACUGUGGGUAUUCCACAUCUUGAACUAUGUACUGCUAUCCUGUUGACAAGGCUCAUUCCAUUCGUAGUCAGUUUUUUUCAAUGGUUUGGAGGGCUUAUUUUCUGUUGGGCAGAUUCUUCGAUAGUCCUUAGUUGA